GCCACAGAUAGAGUACGAUUAUAUAAUAUCCACGAAAAAUUAGUUUCCAAUUAAUUCGCUCCUGAUUGUAAUGUCUCAAAGUUGGAUCCUCUGGAAGCGGUCCCUGAUUACCGGCGGUGGAAUUAUUGGGAGCGGCGUGCUGCUGUACAAAUUCACGACUCCCACCGAGGAACAGUUGAUCGCUAAGCUAUCGCCCGAGCUAAGAGCAGACUAUGAACGCAACAAAGAAUUGCGGAGGAAAGAACAGGAGAUGCUGAUGGAGAUCGUGAAACAGACGGCAGCGUCGAACGAGCCGGUGUGGAAGACAGGCCCGAUUGUGUCGCCGUGGGACCGCGAUUUUACGCCAUCGAGAGAAAGUUUAUUGGUGAAGAGAGAGAGAUUUGAGAAAGAGCAGGCGGAGAAAAAACAGCGCGAGGAGCUGGAGCGUCUGAAAGCAGAGGCCAAGCUUGUGCAGGCCGAUGAGAGCAAAAGCAGGGGUUGGAAGUUCUGGAAGAGAGAAUAACUUGCAACUGUAUAUAGAUGUUCAUCGAAACUGAUCAUUAAGUGUGAUAAGCGGUUGUGAUUGCGUGGGGGCGAGGGGCUGGCUACCCCCACCAUGUUUUCUGCGUGCUGGAAAUGUCCUGUUUAUUAGCUUCGUCGAUGGCAGCAAAAAUCUUGCGGAUGCUUGUGUCUAUCACCAUUCCUCCCUGGACAAUUUCCUCCAGCGCUGCCUCCAGCACCUGCCAUCCGAACACCAGGUCCAAUUCGCUCACAUUAUGGAAACAUGUGUUGAGAACUUGCACAAACACCUGGAUCAGGUCUAGAAUACCCAGCUCGCUCUCCUGCUGAUCAACAACAAAGACAAAGUAGAGCGUUGCGUAGUGUCUGUAGAUGACCUUAAUAUCUGAGUGGUCUUCCAAAAGCGGCGGUGGAGUCAAAAACGAACAUUGCGCGUCUGUUCUUGCCACAACGAGUUCGUAAACUUGCUGGAGUAAUAAUUGCUGCGUUUCCACGUCUACCGGGGUGUAAAAUUUUAUAAGACGUGGGAUACCCUUGGUAUUGACUGAGGUUAGCUAAUUAUAUCGCAAUUGAAACAAAUCUACUUACAUAUU